AGCAACGUCCCCAUACGUGUGAACAUUGUGGCAAGUCAUUUUCUCAGAAGACCAUUUUGCAAAGACACUACAUUUGUGUCCAUUCGAAAGAGCGACCUCAUAAAUGCAAGUACUGUGAGAAAACCUUUCCUCUUUUGGGCAAUCUCCGGGUUCACGAAAAGUCUGUUCAUUUGAAAGAGCGACCUCACAAAUGCAAGUACUGUGAGAAAACAUUUAUCCUAAAGUGCAAACUCCGACUGCAUGAAAUGUCUGUUCACUUGAAUCCACGAGCCCACGUGUGUGAGUACUGUGAGAAAGCGUUUUCCCAAAAGGCUCACGUUCAAGCUCACAUAGCCUCCGUCCACUUGAAAAUGCGGCCUCACAAGUGCGAGUACUGUGAGAAGUCCUUUGCCAACAUUAAUGGCCUCCGCGUCCAUGUAAAUGAUGUCCACCUGAAUGAGAGACCUCACAAGUGCAAGCACUGUGGGAAAGCGUUUUCUCGAGUGACUUGUCUUCGGGUGCACGAAAGGUCUGUUCAUCUAAAGCAACGACCCUUUAUGUGUGAACAUUGUGGCAGCUCGUUUUCUCGAAAGUCCGUUAUGCAAAAUCACCUCAGGACUAUUCAUUCGACUGAGCGCCCCUAUACAUGUGAACAGUGCGGGAAAUCGUUUUCACAGAAGUGUAACAUGCAACAACAUCUCAAAUCUGUUCAUUCAAAAGUUGAGCACUCAACUUCGAAUGAUAACACAGUUGCACAAAUGGAGUUAAAGCAGGAGAAUCAGGUACAAGUCACCUCAUAG